AUGUCGACUGACCAGAAGGACGAAAAAAGGCUGUGCCCACAGUGUAUGUCAAUUUUCACCGGCCAGCAGCAACUCAAAGGCCCCUCGAUCAAUAGUGAUCGAGGCCCUGUCCACCACUUCUCCGCCGCAUCCUUCGAAGCCGCAGCGAACUCUGGAUGCGUCAUCUGUGUUCGGGCGCGAGCAGCCUUACGUCGGGACGAACUUGGUUUUUUGUUGACGCAGGUCGGAUAUGAGCCCUUUUCCUACCGUCUUUUGUCGAUAAAGUCGCGGAAGUUAUAUACAUAUACGCUGGAAAUCAUCAUAUACUACGCUGUGGAAAGAUCUCUAGAGGGCGACCAUGAUUUCGAACGGUUUGUCUGGGAGACUCACUUGUUCUCGGCUGAAGGGUCGUUCAGACAGGCGCGCAAAUGGUACAGCGACUGCCGGGAAAAACACGCCAGGUGCAAUGUAUCCCGCAGAUCUUUCUUGUAUUCUCCCACUCGCCUGCUCGACCUGAACCCCCGCGGGACUGAUUUGCGGUUAAUCAUGACUGCAAAAGAGAGCAUCAAGGAAGAUUACGAAACUCUCAGUCAUCGCUGGGGUGGACAAAGUAUCAUCAAGUUUACGACGGAUACCCUGACACAGUUUCAGAAUAAGAUUGAAAACGCCAGUCUUCCUCAGACAUUCAGAGAUGCCAUCUUAGUUGCUAUGAAGCUUGGAAUACGCUAUCUUUGGAUCGAUUCCCUCUGCAUUAUCCAGGAUUCUUUGCAAGACUGGCAGAAGGAGGCGGCGCUCAUGGGUGAAGUUUACAGCAACAGCACGCUUAAUGUGAUGGCCACAGCAUGCAGAAACAGCCACCAGAGUCUCUUCCGGAGCAGAGAUCAAGGUGAGUUGCUGCACUACGCAGUUUGCACCUCGUGGGACGGAAUAAAGCCAGAGGCCUUCUAUAUUUUUUCUCGGUUUUCCUGGGAUAAACACACGGUGCUUGAGCCUCUGCACCGACGCGGUUGGGUGCUUCAAGAAAGAAUACUGCCACCGCGGGCGUUGCAUUUCACAUACAACCAACUGGUGUGGGAAUGCCGCGAGCGGGAAUCAUGCGAAAUGUACCCAGAUGGUCUUCCGAUAUACUUGAAAAGCCUGAAUUAUAGUUUUGUGAAACACCUCGACAUUGAUGCUUCCCAAGCGUGGCUUACGCAUCUGCGACAGCCCAACCUCAGCCCGAAAGACUACUACGACAAGUGGCGCCGGAUGAUUCAUAUGUAUUGGAAUACUAAGAUAACAAAUGAUACGGAUAAGCUUGUUGCCAUCAGCGGUCUCGCCAAACGCAUGGGCGGCGCUCUGAAAGACCGGUAUCUUGCAGGUCUGUGGGAGGGCAACCUCCCUUCUAAUCUGUUGUGGUAUGUCCAUAUUACUGGUGGGCGAAGUUGCCGGCCUAGGAAUUAUAGGGCACCAUCCUGGUCGUGGGCUUCUAUUGAGGCAGAGAAGGACGUGAGCUUUUGGCACUCACCGUUGCGUGGGUGUGUCCUCAUUGAGAUUGAGGAAGCCAGCGUAACACCACUAUCAAACAUUGAUGUUACGGGGGAGGUGGUAGAUGGCUACCUUCGGUUAAAAAGCAGCGUGUUUCAGGCAGAGCUUAUUGUUCAUGACCCAUCCGCUAGAGAUGAGAGUGGAAGGUUGCAGAUUCGUAUACAAGGGGAAACAGUAGAGGGGGCACUUUUCCCAGAUGAGAACAUCACUGCCACAUCCACGUCGGUAUAUUGCCUCCCCGUGUGGAUGGCAACGAAGCCAUUGGACGAGACAGAGGGCGCCGUUGCACUCAUCCUCAAGCCGGUGGAGGACAAGCCUCGGGGUUGGUAUUCACGCAUUGGCUUACUGAGUUAUUCGGUGUGCGGCGAAGAUCUAUCGUCGAGAGGAUGGAAGAAAAUGCUCGAAUGUUUGGAUGAUCCAGGCUUCGGCGAUCAAACAAUGUAUCUAGAAUCCUCUCCUGGGACAAUUAUGUUUGUGUAG